AAAUUCCAAAAUGGCGGACUACUGUCAUUGCCGUUUGAAAAACAAGGCAGCAAAAGUUCUGAAACAAAAAUGAUGAUGGUUAAGAAAAGGUAAAAUCCGAUGAGAACAUGAGUAGGAGAGUAAUUUCCCGGGCGUUGCACGCGAGUUCCUCGCCCCAACACACCUUUGAGGUGAUGCAGCGCCGUUUGGAAAUGGCCGAAGAAGAAACUAGGAAAUUGGUGGAUCAACUUGCUGAAUAUGGCUUCAGUAAAGAUCGCGUGGACAAUCUUGAAAGCAGUAAAAGUGGAAGGAUAGAACCAGUUCAGCCGUUUAAGGCUACAGGAAUAACUAGCCCUCAAAUUGAGAUCUUACAGCGAAAUUACGAGCAAAUGGUAUCAAGAGUUUGUCGCGCUGAGAGCACAAUUCAAUCUUUAAAACUUGCAAUGUGUAGUCUGGAAGCCGAAAAAAAUCUGGCAACGAUAGAUAAGGGGCCAGAAGUUAUUACGUUGCCCAAAGAUACGUAUGAAAAGGAAAUUAAGAAGCUUAAGAAGGAUGUACAGAAUCAUAAAAAGGAGUUGCAAAUAUGUGAGGACGGUCGCAAGGAAGCUCAAGAUAUGGUGAAGCGCCUUGCCACAGAACUAGACAAAGCUUCUCAAAGCAGUGAAGAGAGUAGGUUGAAAACAGAGGAGCUUAAACUUUCAAAACAGAAACAAACCAAGAAAAUAAACGAAGUAAGUAUUUUUAAAAUGAAAAGGGGUCUGAUUUCAGAACUGUCAGAAGGAAAAAACUACUAAGGCCUGGUUCAGAUGCCGUACUUUUAAUGUGCCGAACCUAACUGAAUAAGUUCGAUUUUCGAGCAAUACUGGCACGACAUCUGAUUCAGAUGGCACACCAUGUGUCGAGCCUAAGUUAAGUUCAACAAAAGUUCGACAGACUCUGUCAAACUUUUGUCGCACCAAACGCUUUUGCCACACCCAACUAAAACUGUCGAACCAAACUGAUUCAGAUGCUGCUCUUCUGCCUUACUUAAUUUCAGUUAGGUUCAGCACAUGAGUGGAGCAGCAUCUGAACCAGGCCUUACAGGAAUAAUCUUCAGAUAAAUUUGAAUAUCUCAAGAAAGCUUCAUCAAAACUGAAUUAGAUAAUGAUGCAUUUGCAUUGUCUAAGUAUGGGAUCAAGAUAGCUGUAAAAAGGAUUGACAUAAUUUUCCAGUCAUCUUGAUGAAAACAGCUCAGUUAAUAAAGUAUUUAUAUUUACAUUACCCUGGCUUUAGAGGUCUGUUAUUGAAAUGCGUAGGAUGAAAUAACCCACGCGCAAGGUUACAGGCAGUCCCAGCUUUGCCAUAAACAAUCAGGAAUUAGGAAAGAAAUAAAAACCUCUGGCACCCAGGGUACAUAGACAAAGUCAACCAUGGUUUAUUUACCCAAGAAGAGCUCAGGAGUUGUACAGUAAUUCAUUAAAAUGUUCUCCCGUAAGUUUUACUGACCAAAAGAGAAAGUUUUCUCCUGGAAAAACCCAGAAUUCAAUUAAGACAAUUGCGUACUGUUUUUAAGCGCAUGUUUUGAAAAAAAUUAAAAUACAAAAUGUGCAUUGUAUCAGGAAAGUAGUGGAUUUGACCCUGUUUGCCACAGAGUUCCAGCAGCUCAGUAGAACUUGAAGGGUUGUGAGUUCAAUUCUUGUCUGAGGGUCAGGAAUUAUUUUCUGUGCUAUUGGUUCAUCAAAUUCUCUCUUCUUUAAUUAUGAGACUAUUUUACAUGCAAGUUUCUGUUAUAUUUACUUGCCAACAAAUUUUUUUUUAUUAAUUUCCUAUGAUAAUCGAUCGAACAUAUUCUCCAUAAUAUUGAUCAUCGCAUCACUUAAAUAUUUCCAUCAGUGAUCGAUUAUAAUCAAUGGUCAGCACACCACUACCCAGAUGGUUUUGUGUUUUAUAGCUCAAAGAAGAGUUGAACAGAGAAAGAGAUCUUCGAUCAAGCUUGGAGGAUUCGCACACCUCACUUUUGCAAAGAGUAUCUGACAUGGAGAAGAUCGUAGAAUCUGAGCGGGGUGAUGUUCAAACCUUGGCUCAGGACUGCAAAACAUUGAGAAGAGAGGCAGUGUCUGCUCGUGAAGAAUGUGAAAAAGCAAAACGGCUAAAAAGCCAGCUUGAGGCGCUGGUCGCACAGCUGCAGGAAGAUACAGGUAUGGAGAAAUCUGGAUUGGAAAUUUUCAAUAUCGAUAUUUCUGUGAUGCUCUGCGAAUGUCAUUACCAUGUUCUUGCCUGUAAAAUUAGAGAGUUUUAUAAUCUUUUUUACAGCAAAAUUAAUGGCAAAGGUCAAUUUGCACCACAUGGCCAGAUUUUACUUUUUUUGUUGUUUACUGUUCAUUUAUUCUGCGUCGAAGACAUAAUUUACGGAUAACUUCAUUUAGUAACGUCUGUGAAGCCAAAUGGAUGCAAUGAUUUACUGGAAACAUGCUUUGAAUUUCUUUUCAUCCUGAUUGGCAAAUCAACAAUGGCUCUUUUACCAGACCAAUCAUGAUAAGUCAGGGUGCAAAGCUUGCCAUUUGGGCUAGCUGUAUCUAGCAUGUAUACUAGCCCAAACAUCACUUAAACUAGCCCCAAAUACUUUUUGAUGAGCAGGUUUGAAUACACAGUUCUUUUGUAAUUUGAAUUCUCAAAAAACUUCACUUGCCAAUCGGGUAAGCUAAGAACAAAAUUCACUAGCCCGAUAGCAAAAUGCUCUAGCCCCAGGCUAUCGACAGUACUUUCUUUGCAUGCUGUAAGUACUCAAAUCCUGGUACACAGGUGGAGACCCAGAACAAGGAUUUCAGCACUGUUUUGCAGACAGACUUAACCACAGUUUAGUUUCAUCUGUGUCAUAGGCAGAGGUUACUGUUCAUUUUGACUAUGUUAGAAGUAUUAAUAUUCAUGCCAGAUUCAUCAUAAGAGUUGUUUUAGAGAGUUUUUAUCUGCAAAUUUCCUAAUUUAUGAAAUUGUCCACUUGAAUCUGACAGUUUUCUUUAGCUGUAAAUGUAAUUCUAAAUCUCAAUCUCUUGGGCUGUGCUGUGAUGGUAUGCUUCAAAGGCUUCUAUGCUGGCAGCAUUUACAUCUGCAGCAUGUUAAUUUAUUUGUUUUCGGGGGCUGCUUGAUGGAGUAGUCAGGUGGCUGACUCUCACUACUCAGAUAUGCCCCUCUCUUUCCAAUCUCAACUUAAUGAUACUAAAUAAUACUAUUUUCUUUGAAUAUUUUUUCUGCUAUAGUUAACUCUGAUUCACAAUUAGCUACUCUAUCAGCAGAAAGAAAGGUGAGUGAGACUAAGAAAAUGUUAUCCCAAAGCCUUUUCAGUCCUUCUUGUUAUUCUUGAACUUUUAAAGACGUCUUGAAAAGAAAGUUUCAUUGGUUUUGAACAAACGUCAGUUUUCAUACGCGCAUCACGUAUACCUAUAAAUUGGUCAUUUUGGGCAUAUGGAGCUUACUAUAAUGAUUUGCUUGAAUGACAGCAAAACAGUAGCUUCCCAGUGCACAAUUGCCCAAUGUCCAAAGCAACAUUUAUUGAUAGGUAUAUAUACAGUUGACUCUUUUUGAGACAGACUGUGUUGUUGGACUGGCACCAACUGGCUGUCCUCGAGAGUUGUCUGCUUAUGAAAGAGUCAAAUCUAAUUGGAUUGGUAGACUUGGUGUCUAUAUGUAAGAGGAUGUGUCCAAUAUUGUUAUAGACAUCAUUUGACUGAGUUGACUGAACUUAUGAAUGCGCAUGUUAUUUUUUGUCCCUAUUUUGAGCUCUAGCAAAAGUACAGCCUUGAUUAACAAUUCCAGCUGACCACAUUAAUUAACAUUUUUGGCUGAAAAAUAACUAACAUUAACAUGACAAGUACAGUAAGUGUUGAACCUUUCCACAACAGUCACCUUGGCAACCGAAGAAAGUGGCCAUUGUAGAGAAGUGGCGGUUGUAGAGAGGUUUAAACAAGAGUCAAUGUGUGGACUGUCCGCCAAAAAUAGUGGCCAUUGUAGAGAGAUGGCUAUUGUGGAGAGGUGGCCAGUAGUGGAGUUUUGACUACAACAUGUAACUGACCAAUCAGAACAUGCAAAUCUCUUAUAUAAUCACUUGUGAGUGAUUUAUUAUACUCAAGUUAUUAAACUAUAAUAAUCUUGCUAAGCUUGUUGGAAUUUUUCAGUCAUUAAUGAUACUAUAAUGGUUUUAGACAUUAGAUGCAGAUAAUUCAAGAUUGAAGAAAGAAAACAAAGAACUAAGGCAACAAUUUGAGCUUUUACGAAAGAGCUAUGAAGAUCUUAAGGUAUUACAAAAUAACAUUGAGUGAAAUUGUUAAGAUUAAAACAAACUUUGCUUGCCGGAGGGUUGGCAUAUUUCUUGUACGACAAUAAAGAACAAACGCAACUGAAUCGUAGUCAACAGUUAUCGGCACUGUACAAACAACUCAUUGAUGGACUCAAGCAAAACUGACAAUGGCAGAAUGACUGAACAACCAACAAUUUGACUAAAUAAAUGACUGUUAAACUGUGACAGAAGACAGAUCAAAAUGCACCAGUAACUAACUCAGACCAUAAAUUGCAUGAGCUCUUGCCACCUCAUAACAAUUGUGAAUCCAAUUUAAGACGAAAGAGGAAUUUUAAUGUCCCUCUGGCUAAGACGAAGAGACUUAAGAACACAUUUAUAUGUAGCAACUGUAAUAAAAUUUUUAGCUACAUAUGUGUACAUUUUUCUUAUAUUUUUUCUCAUAUUUUUAUUAGAUUUUAUUAUUGUAACGAUUAAUCUAAUUCAGCUUUUGGCUGCGAUUUUAAUCAGAAUAAACUAUCUAUAAUCUAUCUCAGUAACAAAAUUAUUAGUCUUCAUAGCCAAUGACGUCAUGACCUAACUGACAGACAAUCAAUAGCAUCGUGACUUAACUGACCAAUCAGGUCGAUAAACAGAGUUUAACACCAUCAACUGAUGUGAUGUCAACUCUGAAGAUGACUUCUGCAAUGGAUAUCGAAAUGUCAGUCACUGUCAGCAACAGUCCAAUGCAGGACUACGCUCACCCAGACAGUCAUGCUUCACCUACUUAAUAAGACUUUAUGCACCUAGUUUUUCUGAGUUAUGUUAUUUUGAAAUCCAUGUAUUUCAGGGAGUUCAUGAAAAAGUUCUGUUAGAUCAUCACAAAGCAAGUGAUGCAUUAAAGGCAACGACUGCUGACAACAGAGUUCUGAUUUCCCAGCAUCAAAAUGCUCUACAGCGGGAACGAGACCAAUGGAAUAAUCGAAUGGCUGAACAAGAAAGAAUGCUAGAGAUAGCUCGAAGUGAAAUGGCACAAGAAGUAGCAAGGGAGAAAGAGAAACAAGAGUAUUUGGAACAUGAAAAGUAAUAAUUAUCUCUUAUAGAAUAAUGAAACUCUGGACUCGAAAGAAACUUGAAUUCCACAUUGUUCUUUGAGCAAGAGCCUCUCAGAUUUUGCUUGCCUUGUGCCACUCCUUGCCUGUCUUAGUUAAUAACUUUAUUAGAGGUUAGAGGAUGACCCUUUAGGUCCCAGAUUAGCCACCUUAGCCUUGCCAAUGCUGUCAGCAGUGUCAGUAAUUUUUACUGAUCCUUCUCUUCUCAAAAUCUCAUUUCUUUCCAUUUUGCUUUUUUUAUUCUGCUAGAUCAGUUUUAAGAGAAGACAUCAACAAGUUGCACCGGCAGUUAUUGGAUGAACGUAGCAGAGCUGACAAAAUCAAACAGAAUCUCGUAUGUUUGAAAUUCUUUUGUCCAAUUCAUAUUUUUAAUCUUACGAUUGAUUUUAAUGGACGUUUUCCAAGUCAGGCGGGACUGAAAAAGUAAAACAGGAUUUGCAAUCUCUUCGUUCUUUACGCCAGCUUUUGUUAUUAUUUAUUAUUAUUAUUAUUUAUCUUAUGAUUUUAUAAAUGUUCUGUGUAUCAGUUUCGAGGGCGUAAAAAUCACUUCCUUUGGUGUGUUGCCACACAGAAAGGCGAAUAAUUUCAGCAAUGGCUCGACCGUUGUCUUCAGAGAAACAGCAGGCCACCUUGGGUUAGUUCUCUAAUACUGUAACCUUUACUUUUCGUACGUUUUCAGGACAUAGAAGUUUUAAACCUCCAGGCCAAAAUUGAUGGAAUGACGCGAGACAGGGAUCAUCUGUCAAAAGCAAAUGAUCAAAUAAUGAACGAGGUACAUUGAAGAGUUGUUUUGAAAACUGAUCAGUGAAAAGGCUUUAGUUGACAAUACAAAAUGUUUUUUAAUCAUUCCUCAUGCAUCUAGGUAAAUCAAGCUGUAACCGAUUUCUCAAAUGAACGAGACAAAGUUGUUGGGCAGCUCCAGGCUGCACAGGUAAGCUGACGUUUUCACACUCCUGAAAAUUGUAAAAACAAAAUUAACGAAAAUUUAAUAAAAUUUACGGAGUAAAAAUCAUAUUCUUUGUGUAAAACGUUGGAAGCUAAAUAGUACUACUUAAAGUUACUUUUGAAGAGGUUGCAUUUUAACCUUGACUUCCUCUAUUGACUGAUUAUGGUAAUGCUGUUUAGGUCAUGUAAUGUUGCAGUGAAGGUCUUCAUCUUUAAAUCAUAGCCAGAGUUAAAUCAGAGCGACCAAUUUGCAGACAACUGACUAAGAAUUAAUUUGCACUAAUAUCCUUUCUAUAACUACUUUGUCUUUAUAUGACUUACAGUACUUUCUGGUCUGUUGAGGACAUCUAUUUACCAGACCAAUCGGUUAACAUAGUCUGACCGGGUAAAACAGCCAUAGUCCGGUACAAGCGACCCCAGUUAUUUAUUGUGUAAGUGCUCUUCGUGCAUCACGAUAAGUUGUGAAGAUGAUUUCUUUUAGGGAGAGAUCAAAGGUCUACAAGAAUCAAAAAAGCUGCUGGAAGACGAAAAUAAGAAUCUGCUGGAAAGAAUUUGUGCUCUGGAGGACAAGCAGGUGCAUAUAAAGACGCCGUGUUUCUUGUUUUAUUUCUUGUUUUAAUGUUUAUUUUAUCACGUUUUGAAUGUUGUCGUUUUUGCUCUUUAGGCAAGUCAAAGACAAAUCGAAGAAGCUAUGAAAGGCAUGAUGGACUCCAAGAACAGACUUGCCUUUGAGAAAGGCGGCCUGCAAGUUAGUGUCACAAUUGUUUAUUUAGUGGAAUCAGUUUUUCAUUCCUUUACAGGCCAAAGGCUUUUACUCCGACAAUAUACGCUCACUUCAUUGGUUCGCUGCACUGUUAUGUGAAGUUGCCUGAGCAGUGGCUCGCUUUCUCCGCCGCGCACUUGUAAAAACUUGCUUGCAAGAAUUUUUCAGAAUGAAGCUAGGAAUAAAACCUUAAACGUGUCUUAUACAAUUUUUUUGACCAAGAUCUUUUUUCUUUUUAAGUCCAAGGUGGAACAUCUCCAAGAAGAACUGAAAUCAUUUGGCGCAAUAAAGGUAUUGUAUUUGCAAAGAAGUUUUCAGUUCAGUUUUGUUGAGUGUGAGCUUAACUUAGAAGCCAGUUGCAUAAUCGACGUCUGACCUAACUGUUCAGUCCCUUGAAACUCUAUAUUUUAACACCAAACGUUACAAGUUACGUUAGUCCUAUCAAACGGCCCCAGGCGUAAAUGUAUAACCAACGCCGCCAGUCCACGCGACUCGCUCGAAGUAGUUUCUAUUUUCGUUCGAAUUGGCUACUAGUACUUACUUUAAGUUGUGAUCGGUUCAUUUUGUUAUCUUUCUCUGAUAUGACUGGAUUGGUUUUUGGGUCUAGAUACUGUUUCAUCACACGAGUUAUAGCUAGCAUUUUUCUUUGGGAGAGAAGGGACCUUAGUGAGGAAGCGCUGACAACUGUCCUAAAAUGUCAUUAAAGGCUUUUAUUUUAAUAUUGCAGCUGGAGGCGGAACAGCUUAAGAAGACCAACAGCAACUUACAAAACCAGCAAAGCAAGGUAUUUUCACCCAGUAAAAGAGCAAAUUUCCCUCAGGACAAGAUGCGCGAAUGUGGGUGGAUGUUGGACGUGAUCACGCCCGCUUCCUAUUUUCCUUUUCCACCUUCACCCAGUUCUUUCCAGAAAAUCCUGCGCUUGUUUUUGUCUGGCCUGUUUUUCUUUUCUCUUUUAAACGUGCGUUUCCUCGCAUCUUAUAUUUCUUUAUUAGAAUUUUUGGUUUUCAUUCGGCUUGUUAUGAAUUAAUGCUGUUUGUUUUCGUUAUUUUUUUCUCGUAGACUAUUGCAGAACUACAGGCUUGUAAGACCACGAUAAAAAAGUUGGAAUCACAAAUUAGAGAGGUAAACAAAUAGUGAAAUCUCGUCCCUACUUAACUUUUUAAUUGCUUUGUCUGUUUAAAACCUGCCUGCAAAGGCCUUUUUCCAAGUAAGCACUAAACAGCUUUAGAGCGACUGAGCGAUCCUACGAUUUGCGCAGUUCACAUCAUCUUCAUUUCUCUCGCCUGAAAUGAGAAUGGGACUAGAGUCAUAAUGUGUUCUACUUUUGUUUCUUGGAUCGCGCCGGUCAGCUAGUAUUGUCCAAUAGGCCACUUCCGAGUUCCAAAAACCCUCACUUUCAAAAUGAGGCCAAGUGCACAACCUUUCUUGUGAAAAUGAGUUUUAUUUGCAUGAUAAUGAAAAAUCAUUUCCAUAUCAAAGGCUGAGCACUUAACCUCGUUUUGAUACAGAGGCCCAGGGGAGCUCAAAAAUGGCCUCUUAUCCUGCCCCGUCCCCUGUUACAGUCCCAGAAGUCUUUGCGAAAGUUAACUAGACCCAGUUUCCCUCUCGUUUCUAAAGUGGCGAAUGAAACGACUUGUAUCCCAUCCAGAAAAGUGGGGUGGGGGAGUGGGGGAGUUGUUAUUUAUACUCUUAGUGAAUUUUACUUUUUAACAAUUAUUCCUCGAGCCCGAAUGGGCUAUUGACUCAGAGGCCAUGAGGGCGAGAGGAAUAAUUGUUUUAGUUAAAUCCAACUAAUUGGUAAAAAACAUCGAGACAAAACAACUUCUAGCAGGUUAAAGCUAGACGUAAAUCCCUUUUUGCCGCCAAAAAGCGCGCGCUUUUUGCUACUAGUAGGCUAUAACAUAUAGCCUAGUAGUAGCUCAACCAAUCAGAACGCAGCAUUGAUAAUAGACCACUAGAUGGAUUUUACUAAUAUUUGAUAUUCCUAUAAGCUGGAGUCAAAUUUCCGCUUCCUUUAUACAGGGUCAGUCGGCGAACAGUCGAAAAGAUAAUGAUCUACGGUCAGUGAUUCAGUCGAGAGAAGAUGCCUUGAGAGAAGUGGAAAAACUCGUGAAACAUGCAGAGUCCUUAGAGAGGAAAUACAAUGAAAAGGUACGAUUCAAGCAAUUUCUUUCAUCUUACCGGCGACUUUGUUUCACAAAUACCACUUUUUGAGCAAGCAGUUUUUAUGAUGGCAUUCUUUCAUUUCGAGUGCCAGAAUUCACAAAUACAGUGAGGUAGAGGUAAAAUGCAAGCAGAGGAAUGUUUCUUGGUGAUGCGGAAACUAUUGUUGGUUCGCUAUUGCUUUGUAAUGUGCAUAUUGUUCAGUGUCCUUUCAGUCUAUUAUCAUAGUUUUUGUUUAUUUUGUGAUAGCACCCAUCCGAACCUAAUGUAUAAAUUCUCAUAACGUAUUUUGUAAGCAGUUUUACCGAAAGGAGCAUUUUUCUUCUUCCGAAUUUAGUUCGGCUGAAAUUAAGAUCGGCGUCUGAAUCAAUUCAGCCGGUCUAAAUAAUUUGGGUCGGCCUUAAUUCGAAUUAGGUUCGCCUCAUGAAAUGUUCGACGUCUGGACCAAAGUAUUUAAAAUGUCCUUGUUUUUCGUUUAUAGGGUAGACUGUUCAGAGCCCCCUAUUUUUCCAUGAGAUCGGCGAUAUAUAGCGCGUCUUACCAUUAAUGGCGGCCUUUUGACACUCUUGUAAGAUGGCAGCCCGUAAGGCAAAGCGCUCGAUCUCGAUGAUCUUACGGAAAAAUAGGGGACUGUGAACAGUCUAUAUAUAGGGCGUAUUACCUGAAAGUCAGCUAUUGGUUCGAGCCAUUCACAGCAAACUCGGUCGGCAGGGAAUGUCUUUGUAAACGUUAUUUAUUGCACGUUUGUUUUCAUUUUUAGAUCGACAGUCUGCAGCGCUCGCUAAGCGACGCAAGGGAAAACAGCGCUAGGCUUUCGAGUACUAUUGAGAGCCUAAUGACGUCACAUUCAGAGCUGCAAGAGGCGAUGGAACGGUUACAAGUUGACAUGGGCCAGAAAGACAGUGAAUUAAACAUACUGAGAAGAGAUAAGUGAGUGUCCUGUUCCUUAUGGUCCCAAAACCUGCCUUCUACAAGAGCGGGGAGCUUGGACUUCAAUACGGGGUACAGGGAACGAGAGCGAAGGAUGAUGGGAAGGAAAAUCUCUCGUCUUCUCUUCCCGUCUCUACCUUCGGCCCGACUUUCGUCAAUAAUGAACUUAAUGUAAUCCAACUAAAUAGAGCGAUUUUCGUAUGACCUUGAACUGAAAACGCGCGAACAAAACAGAAACAUCAAACGAACGCAAAUAGAGCGAUUUGAUUGGUUUGUCGAACAUUUACAAACGCGCGUGGCUUUUGGUUGGUUUGUGCGAACGCUCGGGUGAAAAAACUUCAUGCCCGAGAACUCGCUAGGAAUUAACCGAUACUUCGCUUUGACGUCAUACCGCAACAGGAUUGCCCAAUCGAACAAUGCCUUCUCCAUAUCAGGAUUUUCUUUGGCGGGAAAACGAAGAGUCCAUGUUUUGAUCUUUUCAUCCACUGGCUGAAGAAAAAAUAACGAACACUUACCGAAACCAUUUUCAAGGUCAUACGAAAAUCGCUCUAUUCAUAGAUAAGUGAUUGGGAGGGACUGGAGGUAUGGCAGAUCGCAAUUCAUACCUUGUCGAAACACUUUAACAGACGAAGAAACAAAGGAUUCGAUCUAACAACCAAUGGCUAGAGCUCGAACCUUUAGCUUUGAAAUCACUCAACGGUGGCCUGCUUUCUUUUAAUCUACUAUCAAAACAAUUUUUUUUUCGAAAAUUUAUUCGUAGAACUGAGUAUUUAAUUGCAAAAUAAUGAACGUUCAUACGGCGUCAGACUGAGGAAAGUAUUGCUCAAUAGCUUUCAUUUGAAUUGUCACAGUUAGAACCGCCUUGAACAGCCAAAUAAUAAGAAGCCGUACCGGAAGAAAGUACUGCUCAGCAGCUUUCGUUUGUAGAAAAAAAUGCAAAAAUAGCGGAAGGGUGUAAUAAGAAAUGAAGAAGAUUCGCGGUUAAGGAGAAAGUGCUCUGACUCAAACUUUUUCUUGUUAUGACUUUUUUGUGUAUGUGUCGUAUUUACCGUUUCCUUUUUGCGCAUACAUGACUAAACAUGACAAUAUUUCUGUGCCUUUUCGUGCAGAAUUUCCUCUCAGGAGCUUAUAAAACAGCUUCAAUACGAAAAUGAUGCCCUACAAAGUAAAAUUGUCACCAUUGAAGAGACGGAGCUGCAAGAGGUAUUUGUAGAUUCUAUUUAAGCUUACAAUCUUGACUUUCUCAGCGAAUGCAAAUCAUGAACCAGAAUUCCUUGCAUCAUUUGUACUGCCCGAUUUUUUUAUUUUAUGUUCAGCUUAGGCCGCUACGUGAAGCGUUGUCAGACGCUCAAAUUGAUCGAGAGAGAAUGACCGAUCAGUUGGAAAGACUCCUGUCAGCCAACAAAGAACUACAAGAUAACAUGGAAGUACUGCAAACUGAGCUGGGAAGAAAACAAGUCGAGUAUGACAACCUCAGGGAGGAAAGGUAUGAUUUUUUGGAUUAUUAUAGGUUUCUGGGAAAUUGCCCACCUACCCCUCCCCUAAGCCAACAUUUUGCCCUAAAUGAGAAGUAGGUGUUAAUGUUGGCUUAGGGGAGGGGUAGGUGGGCAGUUUGCGAUUUGUUUUAUUGUCGUAUACAAAAUGACGCCUCUGCAGAACAACCGCGAAAAACAUUCCCUUUUAAAGUAAAGCCACGCGAAAACAAGAAUAACUUGUAGUUGAAAUAAUCUUCUGUUGCGUGCAUAUAAUUACGAGAAAAUCAUGAAAUUUGUUUCUCUACAAUUUGGACCUUUGCACCACUGAAACCCUACUUGUACAUAUUGUCAGAGAUCGGCAGAUUCGCGAAUCACGUGAAGAGAAAGCUGCAGAAUUAGAGGAACGAGUUGAGGACGUGCUUCGGCAAGGACAGAAAGAUUUACAAGAGACAAGAACAAAGCACAAGAAAGAACUCGCGAAGGUCGGUUAUGCUUUAUGCGAUAAGACUAUAACUGCUUCUACAACAACUAAAAACCGGUUGCUUUAUAGUACUUUGGCCUGCGGGGGUGUCCAUAUAAUCCCGAGCAUAGCCGGAUUACUCCGGAACUCACGCUCGGAACACUCCGGGUCAGUGUCGGGAAAAUAUUAAAUUCAUGGUAUCUAAGUGGAGGGAAAACAUGUAACCGUAGCAAUUAAAAGGCGGGAAAACAUGUAAACGUCGCUAUUAAAAGGCGAGAAAAUAUGUACACCGGAGUAAAAACGCUGGAUAAAGCUUACAAAAUCUGUUAUCUUUGAGUCUUCCUUGUUGAGCUUGUAUUUUUUAUAACAUUCCUUUAUAGAUAAAGAAGGACUUGGAAGAUGCAAAUGCUUAUAAGAACAAAAUCAAAGAUAUGAACAAGAAACUCGAGGACAAAGUGAAAGAACUGGAAGAUCAGCUAGCGAAGAACAGGUCCAAAAUGAAGUCACAGAAGGUGCAGCUGGAGCAGUUACGAAAAGCACAGAAAGCAAGAGACACCGAAGAAGAAGGUGCUAAGGGCAAAGCAGAGGUGGGAAGACAGUUGUGUCUUACAUGCAUUAAUUUAUUUUUUCGAAGGCUUUGUAAUUAGCACUUUCCUGUGUCCCAAUUACGCGAGUCUAGAACGAAGUACGACAUAAUGUGAGGGACUAGAGAUAGGAUAAAAAGUGAAUUCUCGCUGCUUUAAACUUUAACGCGCUUAUUUCAUCUCGUUCAUUUUGUCAAAUGUUAAAAAAAUUUGGCGGGCGUUGAAUACUAAAAAGACUGUAUCAAAGUUCAGGAAAAGAAAAAAAAAAGUCAAUGUCCUGUGUUCACAUCCUUCACAACACGUGAAAAUAGGCAUCUUCACGUUGUAGUCGUACAGUGACGGCAAAGAAAAUUACAAAAAAGCGUGAUACACGUGCAGUUGUUGUUUUGCUUUAUCUAAAACAACGCUAUUUCUUCUUUGCCGUCCUUUCGCCGUAGCCGUCGCCGUUGCUUAACGCCCCUAAUGCUAUCUAAUUCAGGGACUUGCACAUCUCCUUAUUGCUCGGCACGAUGAAAAUGAAAAAUAUCUCUAGGUCUAAUUUGAGUCACGAAGUAAAUUGGUCUUGGAAGAACGUUUUCUGAUCUUAGUUUUUGACACGAUUCUGCACGUCUCAUCCUCAUUUUUUGUGUUUUUGUUUAAGCAUUUCAAGAAGGAACUGAACACCUUGGAGCGAGUUAAAAAUGAGUAUAUGCGUAAAAAUAAUGAGCAGGUAUUAUAUCCUUUUAACUUCUCAUCUGGUUAUCAAGUUACCUUCGUUGAAACCGUUUGUAGAUGAGUGUGAAGAUAAACCAGAGGUGUAAGUUGGUCGUCCACUUCAUAACUGAUCAUAACAUUUUGUUUGUUAUUUAGGCUAAGACAAUUGGAGAAUUUGUUUCAAAGUUUAGCGAUCUUCAAGCUGAACUAGAAACUUUGAUUCAAGCUCAACGGUGAGUUAGUUAAUUUACUUACUUGCCCGGGGGAAAGGGCUGUCCUUUUUGCUAUUGACAUACUAUACCAAACUUUUGAAGGUUACGUAACCAGAUCAGCUGCUGAUCUAUCAAUUAUGGCCAGCGUUGUAAUUAAAGACGGUGGCGUGCAAGGCAACUUUUGGUCAGGCGUUUUUCUUUCUUGUGCAGCAAGCGUUUAGUUUGGGAGAGAGGAAAUGCAUGAUCGCAGGGAACGUGUAAAGAAAUCUUGCUUCACAGUGAAUGCUGCGGAAUGUGAUUGCUUUGCCCGGGGCAUGAAUGAGUGUCUUUUUCUUUCUUAAACGUCUUUGUACAUCGCAUUUUUUCUUGUCUUCACGACCGGAUUUAUCUUCACUAAGGGACUGCAGGCUUCCAGUUAAAUUUGACUUUCUUUUCACCGCACGCUUGCGCUCAUAAUCAUGGCCCAUCGUUGGUAUAUUUUCUUUUCCGGUCAACAGGGAGAAAGAAGAAGAACUUGAACGGGAAAGGGGCUUGAGAAAGGAUAUAGAACACCGGUUUAAGGUAAGAAGCAGUUAUAAAGGUUUCUAACGUACGUAUAAUCAGAGUUCUAUCAGGUAACACACGUUCAAAGAUACUGUAAGUAUCACGUUAUCGGCAAACGAGGACGAUAUUCACGUGAUCAUUUUACGCCUGAGAUGCGCGCGCUACUUUGGGCUUGAAAAGUCAUCUGACGAGCGCAUAUCGCACGUACGAGCAGCUAAAAACUCUGUCGAACCUCCCCAUAUUUUCAAAACAGAAGUAUGCGCGAGUAUGUAUGAUAUUAACUUGCACAAUUGCAAUUCUCAAGAGAGACAUGCUUCGUCAGCACGGAGGUCUCGUGCAAACGUUCGCUUUUCAUCAUUGUAUGACAUCAAGCUAGCGAUUGUGACGUCAAAAUAUUCGAAUUUUAGCCUUUGUAGUAAACGUGUUUUUGCUCUCAUUGAAAACUGGAAAAAAUAGACAGCAAAAUAAAGGAAGUAUUAGGAAAAAUCUGUUACGAACGAGACGACGUUUGAAAGGCUUUAUGUUGCACUGCUUGCAGGAGAGGAACUGACGCACAAGAAUUUCAUUCCGUCCCUAAUUUCUUCUCUUUGUUCCUCGACACUCCAAAGUUUGCUAACCUUGAUUUUCCUGAGUUCUUUAAUGUUUUUGUUGUUUCUGUAGAAACUCCAGGCACGUGAAAAAGACCUGGAAUCAUCAAGAAAGGAAACUGAGAAAAAACUUGCGGAGGCCAACUUUGAGACUCAGCAGGUAUGUCCCGCUCACAGAAUACUAUCGGUGUCUGAUGAGAAAAAGACUUGGAAAUGGAAAAAUGCUUUCUUAAAUCCAGAGGACUCAACACUCGAGCCAAUUAUGCGGCAAGUAGCCAAAAACCUGUUCGACCUAAAAAAGAGAUCAACUAGAAUUAUCUGUCUUAUAAUUCAUAAUGACAGUUUGAGAGCGUACUCCUGCUAUAAUUGUAUUAAGUUUGCAUUAUUAGUAGCUGCUUUUUUCUUUUUCUUUCUUUUCUUUUCUUUUUCUUUUUUUUUUCUUUUCCUUUUUUUUCGCAACCUUUAGUGGUCAGGACGUAGAAUGGGUGGGUAAGCCGUCUAUGGAUAAAAUUCGCUUCUGCCUUUAUUAGCCAGGUUUAUUUAUAAGUUCGAUUUCAAUUUUUCUGCAGGUUUCGGAGAAUCUACGUGAGGCACAAGAGUGGUUCAAGACCAAGUUUGGAAAUUUACAAGCUGAGCUUGCUAGAUCAAGGUGAAUUUUUCAUUUUGACUUUGUGAAAGUGAGUCUGCUGACAUUAUUUUCGAAAACUUUGACAGUUUUACAGCAGCCAAAAUAUCCUUUGUUAGGCGACUGUAAAUGUUUCUCCUGCUUUUGGUUCUAAAAGAUAACCUUAGCUUAGUCUUUCCGCGAUUCACAUAUUGCGAUUUACCAAGCAAUGAUAUUUAUACAAGGUCUGAUAAAGAUGUGUUUUGUAGAAUGUUUCGUUGCGUUGUUUUGUAUAGCUUAUUAAGUUUUAGAUUCAUGUUUACUGAAAACCUGAAAGUAAAGUAGCAGAAAACUUACCGAUGAAGCCUUCACGCUGCCUAAAGAAAACAAAACGAAUUUCAAAGACGAAGCUUUGGCGAGGAGUAAGGUUUUGUUUAGAACUAUCUUUUCAAAACAUUUUCACGUUCUAUUUGCAGGAAAAUACAGGACGCCUUAGAAAAACACAACAGGGAAAACUUCAAGAAAAGGAAUGAGGAGAAGAGAAAAGUCGACGAAGCUACUGAAAAAGCCAAAGAACUUAUGAGGGUAAUUUAAUUUGUUCAAUUUGUGCUUACGACCAUAUACUUUGUAGGAACCUGUUUAGGCUAACUUGAGAAAAUGCAGAUUGUUUCUUGCGGGUUUUUAAUGUACCGUCGAACUCCGCUUAACGGACACCAGCUUAAAACGCUCACAUCGUUACUACAAAUACCGUAAAAUUCCGAAAAUAAGCCCCUCCAUGUAUAAGCCCCUCCAAAUAUAGGCCCGCCAAACUUGUAACGCAAAAAACCGUCCGUUAAAUCGUCCCUUCAUAUAUAAGCCCCCCGGGGGCUUGUAUUUGGAAAUUGCCCUCAAAUACAAGGUAAAACAAAGCAAAAACGGUAAAUUUCCUUCCAACUGUAAGGUUUACCCAAUCGAUUUUGAAACGCAAAUUUCCCUCCAUAGAUAAGCCCCUCCGAAUAUAGGCCUCUCCAAAAAUAAGCCCUUCAAAAAGGGCCUUUGAAAAAUAUAAGCCCCGGGGCUUAUUUUCGGAAUUUUACAGUAGUUUGCUUUGUCCCUGGGAAAAGAAAGGCCUUGCAUUUUCACUAAGUUCCACCUGCUUAAUACGGAGACUUUCUAUGGCCCCUAGUGUCUGUAAUAAAGGGGUUUAACUGUAAUUCAAAUUUUACUUGGCAGGCGAGUCGAAUGACGAUCAGCAAACUUGCAAGCGACGUGGCCGAGAAUCACUGGGAAACUAAAGGAAUGAAGCAUGCUUUACAGUCUGAGAUGGACUAUAACCUAAUGACAACGCAAAAGCUUGAGAGACUCAAGGUACAAAAUGUUUCCUUACUAGGGGGUGGGUGGUAAUAAGUUUGUGAUGCAGAUGUUUCUAAUGCCUAAAGGCAUGAAUGGUUUGAAAAUCAUGCAAAUAUCGUAUCACUAAUACAAUGUAAUCACAGGUUGAUAAAGUCCGGUAGAUUCUAGUUCUUGUGUGAUAUCGCAUGGCUUUAAGGCAAAGGAGAAAAUAUUUGAGAUCGCUCGGUUUUAACAUGAAAGUGAGGCAACAGAGAAAGUAGCUUACAGAAAAACGAGGUAAAUUUGCGCACGCCAUUCUCGAUAUUUUACCCCAUAACAAAAUGGGGAAGAGGCAAUUGACGGGAACAAGUCUUGGAAGGCAACUGUUUUAGGGAUUUGGUUUUGGCCAAAGAUUUCAACCCAAGUGACCUUUGAGGACUGUGGAAAUGCAGCCAGCUCUCCCUUAAACAGACACUGAGUUAUGGGGCAGACUACUCCUCUUUUAAACGCGCUCUACACUUGAACGCAGUCAUUCUUGAAGCCAGUUCUUCAGUCACUUUCUCUAAUUCUCUAUAAGACGCACGAACACUGAGUGCUCGUCCCAGGUAUCCGUCUUAAGAAAGAUUGGACUGUGCAACGAACAGGCAACCCAUGGAAAGCUAAUACCGAGAACACAAUUAAUUUAUCUUUCAAAUCUGCAGUCAUGAUCCUUGCAGAAACAAUGAACACUUAAUUCAAUGGUUUAUUCUUGCUCCCGCAAAUAGUAGCUCCACCUUUCGAUUAUAUUAAACAACACACAACCAACAACCCUUUUGAUUCGCUUUAAAGAAAGGGCUUGCGCUUGGAUUCUUAGCUUGUUUUAUUCUCUAGGGUGGCCUAGUUACUUUAUCAUUCAUGUCGUUAAAACCGAACUUUCUGUAUGUUAUUCCCCUUAUUGACUUAAAUUCACCUUUCUUCGGAAAACCUCUAUUCAACUGCCAACAAUGACCGCGUUAAUGCGGACUAGAAAGCCAGGAUCUUGUAACAGUACUUUGUUUCCUUUGAUAGGAAUCAACAGCGCGACAAAUGGAAGAUAUGGCAAUAGAGCUAGACACUCUGAGGCGUUCAACAUACAGAUGACAAAGGUAAAGCUAGUGAAACAACUACCGCCAAUUGAAAAUCGUCUCUUUACACUAGUUCCCAGAUCUCUCUUGGAAAAUACCGUGGAAUCGAGGUUGGCAACUGUCAGUUGCCAUUAGAAACAACAGCCGUAUGGCUCAAUAGUUGAGUCUUGGUGUUCAUUAACUUGAUCUUCUAGCUUCCUUCGUAAGACAUGUUACUAUAGCUGUACAGCUGGCUAUGAACAAGAGCAUUAAAGAAAGAGAACCAGAAAGGUGUUCGAACGAGUCAUGUAUUGUAAGAUUUAUUUAUUCAAUGGAGCAAAAAUAUGUUUGUACAUACGAUUUUGUAUUAGUCUCAGACUCCACGAAACUUUGGAAACUUCUAUAUCUUGUAUACAACCAGGGUGAGAAUUAUUUAAGUAAAAGUCAAGUCGAUAAAUGAUUCCUCAUAAAUAAGGUCUAAUUCAAACUCAUUGAACACAAGUUGUACACAUCAGGGCGUAGUUUCUUGUCAAAUAAGACUUAACUUCAGAGACGGGUGUUUUCGUAGUUAGGAGGCGCGGUUCUUUACAGUAAGAACAGGGAAUCAGUGCAACUUUUGAACACUGUACAUAAG